UGAAGAUGAAGGACAGGUUAGAGGAACUCCGGAACCGAGUGAACGAAGACAGAGACUCUCUGGAUCUAGAUGACACUCUCUCCUUUGGCAACCCCAUUUUCAAAGAGGAGGAGGGCAAUCCUAUGAUCAAGAUUUUCCAGGAAAUUACCAGUCUCUCCUUGGCCCUGGAUAAGUUGGAGGAGUUAUCCGAGAACAUUGACAAGAAGCAGCAACAGGUGCUUUGCUGUACCACCGAGGAAAGCAUUUGCAGAGAAAAGAAAGAGCUGAGUAAGAUCAAAGACUCUUUCACCAAGGAGGCCAAAAGCCUUCAGCCGAGGCUCAAUGGCAUCCAAGAGGCUCUUGCCAGGGACAGCCAGCAGUGGCUGGCCAUCAGCCGCAUACGCCACAUCCAGCUCUCUGUCCUCAUCAGCCGCUACCGUGACAUUGUUGCCCGACAUUACACCAAGGAAACCCAAUACGUGGAGAAGCUGAAGGAGCAGAUCAGGAGGCAAACAGAACUGGCCGGCUUGAACCUCCAGGAGGAGGACAUCAAGCGGCUGGUGGAGAGCCCUGUGGCGCCACGUAUUGUUGGCCAAGACUUGGACAUGCUCAAAGCCAAGCAACAUCUGGCCAUGGCACAGGUGCGCCACCAGCAGCUGCUGGACUUGGAAGCCCAGAUUGGCGAGCUCCACACCCUCUUCCUGCACCUGGAGAUCCUGGUUGCAGAACAGCAGGAGACCAUCAACAGCAUUGAGUACAAUGUCCUGCAUACCCUUGAUUAUAUCUCCCAGUCAAAGGAGGAGGUCAAGAAAGCCCUCAAAUAUGAGCGGCAGUCGCGGUUUUCCUCCGCGUUGUCUGCAGUGCUGGGCCUGUGUGCCUGUUGCACAUGCCUAUCGUGUAUGGCAACUCCGAGUGUGGUGCGUUGAACAAAAAAAUGAGACCACACAGGCAUUUUCUUCAAGGCUA